AAUCAACCCAGGAGUAAACACUCCAGGCACGUGUUGCAGCCUUUCUCCGCCUACUUCACAUCUAACUUGUCCGGAGCCGAUGGUUUCUGGGAGGCGUAGUUCUGUCCUCGUUCUGCGCAAGCGCAGUCCCGGGAGUGCAGCCUUAGGGUUUCCGCAUUUCGAUAUUGCUGGGUCUCCAGCGGUCCAGGACUGUGGGAACCACAGCCAAGUGGGAUGUGGGAAAUUCCAUCCCAAUAGGUUUGGCUGCUACAAGGCAGAAUUCGUCUCCUUCCUGACUUCUUUCUUGUCCUUCAUUUCUCUUCCCUAAGAAAGGAGAAUCAAGGAGAAAGACGAAAUGACUUCUAGACCCUUAAGGAGCCAAUCCCAGGGUUAAUACAGCCAUGUAAGGACCAAGGUCUACGGAUCAUGUUAUGGGGAAGCAGGCCCGAAGCCAACUUUCCAGUGACUUGGUCAUUUGAAGGAGAGAGGGAGUGGUGAUUUCAGAUUCUUGGGAACUUGCCCUCUUCCUUGCUGCCCUCUGGUACAGAUGCAAGGGUCGGCCUCAAAGUCUUCCUGAAUUGUAAACUCCAAUUUCAUAGGAAGUGAUCAAUUCUCUUCAAUCAAGCAUGACAUAUUUCCUGUUUGUGGUGUCAUCUUGCUUUCAUCAAGUGAUUGAAAUACUUCAUUCUUCCCAAAUUAAGCACUUUAUCCUGUCUAAUUUAUACUUUUGAUUGAUUCAGUAGAGAAGUAUGUGAUUACUUUCUUUUAAUUAAUUUAACUAAUUAAUUAAAUAAAAGCAUUUCCUCUCCUGAUUACUCACUAUUUAUCCUUUAUAUAGAUCGGUUAUACAUAUUUGUUUGCUUGUUUGUCUCCUCCAUUAGACUGUGAGCUCCUUGAGGCAGAGACAGUCUUUUUUCUCUUUUUGUGUUUCCAGAAGUGCCUGGCACAGAAUAUUGACCUUCCAAGAUGUGACUGUGGACUUCACCUGGGAGGAAUGGAGGCUGUUGGACUCUUUUCAGAAGGACCUCUUCAGAGAUGUGAUGCUGGAGAACUAUGAAAACUUUGCCUUCCUGGCAGGACAUCCGGUUUUCAAACCCAAAGUCAUCUCCCAACUAGAAAGAAUAGAAACACCAUGGAAGCCAGAGGAAGAAGCCACUUUUUUCUUUGAAGAUUCCUUUAUUCAGAAGACAAGAUGUGAAACCAAAGAGUCAACUCCAAAGCAGGGUGUUUGUAUAGAAGAAUCUUCUAAAGAGAGACUUUCAAACGAUGGCCCCUGGGAUUCCAGGUUGGAAGAAGCAUGGCAUCAUGAUAACUGGUUAGAGAGGCAAAGGGGAAAGCAAGAGACACAAUAUAGGCAGGUAGCAACAACUAAUAAAUGGAAUAUAUUUGGGAGACAGCUUGUUUUGGGGGCAAACCAGAGAGUUUCUAUUGGAGAAAGUCUCCCUAAAUCGGAUACAGAUGGAAAGAGUUUCAAACAAUUUUCAGACCUAGUUAAAAAUAAUAGAACUGCCUUAGGGAAAAAAAGUUUUAAGUAUAGUAAUUACAGGAAGCCUUUCAGUUAUCAGUCAAACCUUAUUCAUUACCACAGAAAAAAUAUUCAUAAUAAUAAUAAGCAUAAUGAAUCUGGCAGAAUUUUCAGGAACAUUUCAUGCUUUACUGUACAUCGAAACAGUCAUACUAGAGAAAAACCAUAUAAAAGUAAUGACUAUAGAGAAAACUUCAGCCGGAAAGGAAAGCUUAAUGCUCAUAAAACAAUUCGUACUGGAGAGAAACAUUUUGAAUGUAAUGCGUGUGGAAGAGGGUUCAGAUACCAUUCAUAUCUUGUACAGCACCAGAUAAUUCAUACUGGAGAGAAGCCCUAUAUAUGUAAUCACUGUGGAAAAGCAUUCAACCGGAAAGGAAGCCUAUAUAGGCAUAAAAUGAUACAUACUGGAGAGAAACACUUUGAAUGUAAUGAAUGUGGAAAAGGCUUCAGGUAUAGAUCAUUACUUAUGCAACAUCAGAAAAUUCAUACUGGUGAGGCACCCUAUAAAUGCAAGGAAUGUGGGGAAAACUUCAGCCAGAAGCAAAGCCUUGAAACACAUCUAAUAAUUCUUCAUGAUGAGAAACCAUUUAGGUGCAGUGAAUGUAGAAAAGCCUUUAUCUUGAAGGGAGAUCUUAAUAAACAUAUGAGAAUUCAUACUGGAGAGAAACCUUAUAAAUGUAAUGAAUGUGAAAAAACCUUCAGCCUGACAGGGUGUCUUAGAGCACAUAAGAGAAUUCACACUGGAGAGAAACCUUAUAAAUGUAAUGAAUGUGGGAAAGCCUUCAGGCAGGGGGGAGGUCUUAGAGCACAUAAAAGAAUUCAUACUGGAGAGAAACCUUUUAAAUGCAACGAAUGUGGAAAAGCCUUCAGCCAGAAGGGAAACCUUAAAACACAUAAGAGACUUCAUAUGAGUGAAAUACCCUUUGAAAAGAAUGAAUGUGGAAAAAUCUUCAACGGGAAGGAAAACCUAAAUAGAAGUACAAUCACUCAUCCUGGAGAAAAACCCUUUACAUGUAAGGAAUGUGGCAAAAGUUUCAAAUAUAGCAUAUUCCUGGUAGAACAUCAGAAAAUUCACACUGAAGAGACACCCUAUAGAUGUAAUAAAUGUGGGAAAACAUUCAACCAGAAGAGACGCCUUAGGUCACAUCAAACAAUCCAUCAUGAUGAGAAACUCUUUAAAUGCAAUGAAUGUGGAAAAGCCUUCAGCAUGAAGGGAGAUCUUAAUAAACAUGUUAGAAUUCAUACCGGAGAGAAACCCUUUAAAUGUAAUGAGUGCGAAAAAGCCUUUAGUCAGAAAGGAGGACUUCAUACGCAUAUAAGAAUUCAUACUGGAGAGAAACCCUAUACAUGUAAUGAAUGUGGAAAAACUUUUAGGCAGAGGGGAGGCCUUAAUGCACAUAAGAGAAUUCAUACUGGAGAAAAACCCUAUACAUGUAAUGAAUGUGGAAAAGCCUUUAGCCAGAAGGGAAAUCUUAAAACACAUGAGAGAAUUCACAUCAGUGGUUUGCUCUUUGAAUUUAAUUAAACAUGAUGAAAACCUUGGGCAAUAAUCUAAGGCUAACUUGACAUCAAAUAAUUUGUGUUCAAGAGAAACACUUUCAGUAAUGCAAAUGAGAAAGCUUUAAGCCAGAGAAGAUUGCUUACUGAACAUAAGAUAAUUCCUACUGAAGAGAAACCUUUUCAGUAUAAUCAUUCCCCAUUUGAUAGAUGGUCUAAGGAUAUGGACAGGCAGUUCUCAAAGAAAAAACAUCUAAGCUGUCUCCACUUGGAAAAAAAAUUCUCCAAACCACUACUAAUUAGAGAAAUUAAAAUUAAAGCAAUUUUUAGAUUUUACCUUAUACUCUUCAGAGGGGCAAAGAUGACAAAAAAGGAAAAUGACAAAUGUUUAAGGGGCUCUGGGAAAACAAACACUGAUGCCAUGUUGCUUGACUUGUGAAUGGGUAUAAACAUUUGGAAAGUAUAUAUAUAUAUAUAUAUAUAUAUAUAUAUAUAUAUAUAUAUAUAUAUAUAUAUAUAUAUAUAUAUAUUUAAGCUAUUACUAAACAGUGUGUGCCUUUUGAUACAGGUAUACCAUUGUCAGGCAAGGUAAAGUUCAAAGAAAGAGGAAAAGCUUCUAUAUAUAAAAAAUAUUUAUAGCACCUCUUUUUAUGUGCCAGAAAACUGUAAACUAAAGGGAUGCCCAUCAAUUGAUGAAUGGCUGAAUAAGUUGUGAUAUAGGAAUGUGAUGGAAUACUGCUGUGCAAUAAGAAAUGAAAUCGAUGAUUUCAGAGACACAGAAAGGCUUACAUGAACUUAUGCAGAGUGAAGCCACUAGAACCAGAAUAAUUUAUACUUCUUGUCAGUAAUUUAAAGAUGAGCAAUUUUGAAGGUUUUUUUAAAAAUAAACUGAUGGAAAGUGAAAUGAAUAGAAUAUGCAAUUAUUAUAUAUAAAGAUAGUUUAAAAUGCUGUGAUAACUAUGAUCAAUAAACAACCAUUCAUCUGAUUCCAGAAGACAUGAUGAAAUAUGUUAUUAACUUUCAGACAGAGGUGGUAGAUUUUGGGUGCAGAAUGUGAUUUUUUUGGAAAGAUAAACAGUAAGGAAAUUUGUUAACUAUGAACGUUUGUUACAAGAUAUUUGUUUUUCUUUUGGAGUGGGUGAGAAGUAGGAGACAAAAUAAAACUUUUGUUAAUUUUAAGAAGCAAUUGGAAAAAAGAGAUUUGAGCAAUGUUACAGAUGUUGAAGAUUGUAUUCACUUUCAGAUGAGACCAUUCAGUUUUCUUAAAUUGUUUUAUUUUGUUAUAAGAGAACUUUCAUUGAAUGGGGAUCAUCUCUAAAGAUGUAAUAUGUAAAAACAAAGCACUAAUAACAGUUAAAAAACUAUAAACAAAACAUUAAAAAUUAUGAAUUGAUUCUUACUAGAGAGAUUCUUUAAAAUGAUAAAAUAUUGGAACUAUUUCAGUCUGCAAUAAAGCUUUGAUAUAUACUUAAAUGACAGUUGAGGUGACAAAUGUAAACAAGAAGGGAUUGUUUCAUUCUUUGUGGGUCUCCAGUGCCUACUGUGGUGCCAGAGAAAUGGUAGAUAUUUAAUAAAUACUUUGAUUGGUUGAUUCAUCAAUAUAAGAUUUAAUAUACUGCCUAAGUAUAAGAUUUUUUAAAGUGUAUUUAUUAAAACUACUAAUUUUUCCAGUAAAAGAUAGUGGAUAAAUGACCUAUGAUGGGUUUUUUCCCUUGUGGAAGAAUGAUAUUUAUUAUGGAAAGUAUCUAUGUGGCAUAAUUAUUAAUUA